AUGCAGUGCCAAUACAUCCCCCCGACCUUUUCAUUUGUACCUCGUCAUCUCCCUCCUACCUCUUCCUCCUCGACUGCAGCUCUCUCUCCUCUCACCUUGGCCAAGUCCAGUGACCUUGCCAGCAUCCAGGCUACCGGCCCCCCCAAAGCCUCGCUGCUUCCACUGCCCACGCCCACUCCUACUACCUACGCAAACGUGUCGCGGGAAAACGGCGACUCAGGAAUCGGAAGAAGAAAAAGAAGAGCUGCGUGGAGCAUUUCUGCUCUCCUGCUCGCUACAGUACCAGCCACCUUUGCGAUGCCGCGCCACGUUCUUCACCACCACACUAGCUACGCCUCGGGGCUGGAAGCACUGUCACUGACACCCACUUGUAGUGCUUUUCUUUUGCUAGAGUCGGCACCCGAUUGGCAUUUCAUCCAAUCCACGGAGCACCAAGGACUAGAGCAGAAAAACGGCGGCAUCGUCUCGGCGCCAUCACCAUUCCAUCAUCGCGCUGCGCUAUCUUGCUCUUCGCAACCUAACAGAUUUCCCUGCCUCCCGAUUUCCAUCCGACUCCUUCUCUACCAGCCCAAGCGAAGCGACGCUCACUACCGUCACUAUGGUUACUUGCAACGCCCUCCCUCUACUAGCGGCCCAAGGCAGCCAGACAGGAGACUGUACCAUUCGUCUUCCCAGCCACCACCACCAGCCACGGCUGCCCCGUCGCGCUUCACCACGGCUUGUCAGGACUUGUUCGAUCUUGCUUGGCUUUUGCUUUCUCGCCAAAAGCAGCGGCCGUACCUUGCCCGCUCCCGCAUCCGAUCGGCGCCUGAAACCAUCGCGAACCAGCAAACUCUUGUCGUCCUGUUGCCUGUCGCCCAAUUCUCCGUGGCGCUCGCCUCGCACGCCCGUCCGCUCAUCGCAUCCUCCAUUCGGUCGUCGCAUUGCAGCAGCAAAAACAACAAGAAGAAAUCAAGGGGCGGCGAGAGCGUGCAGGAGCAUACUUCCAUCUCGGUGAUUGCGCGCCUUGUACACACGGGUCGUGGGGUUGCAUCUUGUGCAAUCAUCUUGUAUAUCUGCGACAAUCGCCCCGCCAAGCAUCACCACUUCCGCGCGUCUUUCCACUGCAUUGCUUCACAGUCCACCGCGCAUUACCCUCCACAACAUCUGCUCGCCAAGAUGGAACAGUGGCAGGUCGGCCCUGUGCCCGAGUACGUCUACUCAAACUCCACCCACCCGCCAAAUGCCAUGCAUCCCAGGCGCAAUUUCAACUCUGCUGAUGGAUUGCUUGUCUCUUGCCGCUGCAUAUACAUUCCGUCGCGCUCGCCAUGUUCCUGUCAGGGUGUCCACCUCUCUUUCCUAGUCUACGUCAAUGCUAACCCAGCUUGCCUUGAUAGCAAUAAUCCCUACCAGGCCACCGACAUGGCCGCUAGGCGCAAUGAACGCAUUGAAUUUCCCUACCCUGCGCAGCCAGGCAUGCCGCCGCACCAGCAGCAACACCCGCCUCCCGUUCAACCCUCGAUGAAUGUGCCGCAGCCCCAGCAGCCGCCAUCGGGCCCGGGCUCCCAGCAGCAGACGCCGACUCCGACUCCGCAGCCCAGCCGCCAGCGCAAACGACCAGCUCCUGGUACCGCGCCUUCGCCGGCUACCCCAGCUGCCGUCCCGGUUGUCGCUCCCGGCCAGCCUCCAAUCCCAACCCCGCCCAACGCUCAGUCGGCCCCGCCUCCCGCCGCGCCUCCCGCAGCUGAAGACAGCACGCCCUCCCAACCUCCGGCAAAGAAGAGUAGAACCAACACCCCGUGGACCCCGGCCGAGGAAUUGCGACUCAAGCAAAUGCGCGAUGCCGGAAAUAGCUGGGCCGAGAUUGCCAAGACAUUCCCGACGAGAACAGAAGGCUCCGUCAAGAAGCACUGGUACAAGGACAUGCAUUAUGCCGAGUUUGCCGAGGAUGAAAGCCAGGCGCUUCUCAACGCAAUCAAGGACUACGAGAACAACAAGUGGAAGGUGAUUGGCCAAAAGGUUGGGAAACCGGCCAAGGCAUGUGAGCAGUACGCCAAGGAGCACUUUCCGGAUCUCUUUGCCAGCACCAAGCGAUGA